AUGAACGUUAUGAUGGACCACUAUAUACGGGGAAGCGAUAAAUACGCCCAUUCUCACAACUCCCCUCAGGAUCAACGCCGCAUGUCUGAGCCAGCUAUGUAUGGCACCACAGCUAGCUCUUACUCCGCCCAUCCAUCCUCUGAUCUAGUCGCUAGUCGAUAUCACCUCUUCAACAACAACGCCUUCUCGUAUGCCUCCCCCAGAUCUUACUCUUCCUCGUUGCACCGUACAUCCUCUCUCGGCUCUUCCUCCUCUUGUGACCCCGUAACCUCGUUCGACCAUCAAGUCGACCUAGAUCAACCCUUGUCUCCCUUCAAUCCGUCCUUCUCGGGAGGGGAACCACCUUCAAGCAUGGGCGUUCACAAUAUCCCCCUCCAUGAAGACUACGGUCCAUCCCCACCAGGCACAGGUACAUCCUCGUCAUCAAAUCCCCUUGCCACGCGCCAGCUCUCGCAGCAAGACGGUGGCUCACCCCCCAGUUCCAAGCAAUACUCCUUUGUUUCCCUACCUGGAAACGCCGUCAAAAAGCGUCCACGCAGGCGCUACGACGAGAUCGAGCGCCUCUACCAAUGCUCUUGGCCAAACUGCACAAAGGCCUACGGCACCCUUAACCACCUCAAUGCCCAUGUCACGAUGCAGAAGCAUGGCCCGAAGCGCAGCCCAAAUGAAUUCAAAGAGCUUCGCAAACAGUGGCGCAAAGCCAAAAAGGAGGAGGCAGAAGCAAGAGCGCUGGAUAGUAUGGCCAUGCGGCAGACUCCGCAGCACCCCUCUCAGCGCCAUAUCUCUCGCGAGUCACUAUCAGAUACGGAGUAUUCACCCUACCACCACCGCAUGCCUCACGGCCUUCACCCCGUCCCGUACGCCACCUCAGGUGAGCUCCAUGACGCUCAGACGUACCAUCGCGAGAUGUAUGUCCGCAGACAGCAGCAUCAGCGUUACAACAGCACCUACGUGUCUCCCACUACAGCAGCAGGUAGCAACGGCCAACCUUACCAUCCUGUCUCCUUACACAACUCCAGCAUACCCAUGAACCGUUUGCCCGCGAACAGCACAUUGCUCACGCCACCAGCGGGGUAUGAACCACAUUCCGUGGGCUCUGUGCACCACAUGGAAAAUUAUGGAACAUAUGAGUUAUACCCUCCUGAUGCUCGCCCGGAUUCUGGCCACGGCAGUGUAGGGAGCUACGACGAGAGGAGGCGUGCCAUGUCUAUCUCGUACGCAGAAGACGGACGACCUCGUUCAACGCACCUCAGCCUGGGCUCGGGUCAUGCACCAGACUACCAUUGA